UACCACUCCUGAAGAUGAUCACACCCGGGCAGCUAUAUAAAAAUUAGAUGCAGGAGGAAUGAAGAAAAUACUUCAUGGAAUGUCACUCAAGACACGUUCCUUGUGGAAAUAUUCUGAAAAAAUGUUUUUAGGAUUAUACUGAAGCUUAAUCUCGGAGGCUCCUCUGUAAAGGGUAAAACAAAAGCCACCAACACAGGAUUCAGAGGGCAAGAUUCCAGAACACCAUCAAACAAGUUUCUUCUUUUCUCGUGAGRAUAUGAGAGAGCAUAACCUUUGUAGCAAACUGAAGGACUCCACUCAAGACACCAGCUUUCCCCGAGGACUUGAAACAAAAUAAACCAAACAAAGAAGAUAUUGGAAGUAACUUCCUUUGUUGCAAAGGGAAAAGCAAAAACCAGGAAAGAAUCCCGACCACAAAAACCAUGAGAGACCGUCUGCAAGAGCUUAAACUGAGGGCUAAGGAACUACAGUUAACUGGGGAAAACAAUGGUGCAACUGUACAAGAGGAGGARCAGGAGGAGUUUGAACAGCAGGCCAUUAUUUAUGAAAAAGAGCCCAUAACUGAAAGGCACUUGCAUGAAAUCCAGAAGCUUCAGAAUGAAAUUAAUAAUUUGGUGGAAGAAGUUAAUAAAUUCAGCCAACAACAAAAAAGCCUCGUUUCUUCAAUGAGAAGAUUCAGCGUUCUUAAAAAGGAAUCUAACAUAGCAAAGGAAAUCAAAAUUCAAGCAGAACAUGUACGAAAAUGUUUGGAUGAACUGGCAAAAACAGUGAGGAAAGCUGAAAAUGAGCAAGGGCCAGCCCGAGCCACGGUGAGGAUCCUGGCUGCCCAGCACGCCUUCCUGUCCCACCGCUACCUCCACGCCAUGUUCUCCUACAAYGAGGCCAUCACUGCUAAGCAGGACAAGUGCAGGACGUUCAUUGUCCGCCAGCUUGAAGUAGCUGGUAAAGAGGUAUCUGAGGAGGAGGUUAAUGACAUGCUCCAGCAAGGAAAAUGGGAGAUUUUCAAUGAAAAUCUCCUCACUGAAGUCAAGAUUACUAAAGCUCAGUUAUCAGAGAUUGAGCAGAGACAUAAAGAACUGGUCAAUCUGGAGAACCAGAUCAAAGACGUGAAAGAACUCUUUAUCCAGAUCUCAGUUCUGGUGGAGGAACAAGGGGAAAUGAUCAACAACAUAGAAAUCUGUAUGAACAACACUCAAGAAUAUACUCAAGUAUCUAAAGAAAAGUUUGGGCUCGCAGUUAGAUAUAAAAAAAGGAACCCUUGCAAAGCAAUUUGCUGCUGGUGUUGUCCGUGCUGCAGAUGACAGAAGAAAUGAAAUACCUUGAAAUACCAAUGGUUCCUAUACAGCAAAAGCACUCGAGACCACUCAACUGCWUCAUUUUCAUUCUCAUUUUCUCUUCAGCAGAGCUUUCAGGAAAAACUGCAUCUGUUUUCCCAAACAGAGUAAAGAAUUUUGUGGUUUUCACAGAAACACAAGAACUACAGGAAAGAAUCAAAAGAUAAAAGUGACACUUUUUGGUUCUUCUGACUCAAACUAAAACAAUUGGGCAACAAARUCCCUAUGCUGUUGGGAAGCAUUGAAAAUACUGUUAUCUCAAAGACAGAAUUCAUAAAAAUGGUUUAUUUACUUAUCACAAAAUAAUAAGU